CUCUCUCUCUCUCUCUCUCUAAAAUAAUGAAAGAGAUUGUCUAACAAUUUCAAAUUCCUCAAACAUCCAGAGGAUAAAAACCCACGAAUCUCUGUAAUUUGAUUUCUAAUGGGUUGUUUUCUUGGUUGUUUCGGUUCUUCCAAGGAUCGUAAACGAAGAAAACUCAGAUACAAGGUUAUCCCUCGAGAUCAAAAUCAUAAAAUUCAGAACCUUGUGCAAGCUGAUGUCUCUUUGGUACAAAGCGUCAAAGAAAGACCCUCUAAUUCCCUUUCAGAAUCAAGGGGAAAGAUUGAGGAGCCAUUGUGCUUGAAUACCCGAAAAAAGGUGACAUUUAAUACAAAUGUCACAACUUACGAGCAUGUUCAAGUCUAUGAUAGCACCGAAUCUUUAUUGGAAAAGAAUGAAAAAGGCGAAACUUUUCCCAAAUCGGCUCAAACCCAAUUCGAUUCUGGUUCUCCGGAUGGUUCAGAAAUCUUGAAGGCUGGAUCGUACCCGCCAAAUUAUAGGUAUGGGAAUUGCGUUGAAAGUGACGAUGAUGAAGUUGAAGAUUCAGAUUAUGAGGAUGAAGAUGAUGAUGAUGGUUUAGAAAAUGAAGAAGAUUAUGACGAUGAGGACGAAGACCGGAUCAUAUGUCGUGAAGUGUGGUGUGAGUCGAUUCCAAUUCCGUCAACAGAAUCAAGAACAGAGUCCUCUUUAUUGGACAAAGUUGGAUCAAACAGUAAUGCACGCGAUCGAAGUGCGUUUGUUGUUCCUGUGUUGAACCCUGUGGAGAAUCUUACACAAUGGAAAGCUUUGAAAUCAAAAGGAACACCACCCGUGAAGCCGUUCAACUUCAACCAGCAAAAGGAGAAUUCUUCUUUGAAUUCCACCCCGUUUGCACCCCAGAAUCGAAAUCAAGAAACAGCAGUCGAUGCGAGCCUUUCGAAUUGGUUGGUUUCUUCAGAGAAAAACACACCAAAUAACAAAAGGGUUGUAAGCAAUAACCCCGAAUACGAACCCAUUUCAUCUGGAAAAAGCUUAUCACGAGGAUCAGCGAUCGAAGAUAGACCAAUUUUAGGCGCAUUGACCGAAGAGGAAUUGAAACAGUUUUCAGCAUCAUCUUGUACACCGAGGAAGUCACCUAGCCGAAACCCUGAUGAAAUGGCUAUAAUCGGCAGCGUUGGAAGCUAUUGGAGUCACACCGAUUCAGUCAAAUCUUUGAGCUCGAAUUCAUCAUAUAAAGGCAUACCAAAUACCACCAGCAAGUAUAGAGAGGAUAAGAAAGUGAAUUGGCACAACACACCAUUCGAAACAAGAUUGGAGAGAGCUUUGGAAAGAGGUGCUACUGAAGUUUAGUAGUUUGUAUCUGUAACUAUAUCUGUACCUGCGCUUCCAUUUUGUAUGUUCUUGUGAGAUCUGUAUGUUUUCUGGUUUCUACACAGAUUCAUCAACAAUUGUUUUGUUGUAAUUCUUUAUUGGUUUUUUUGGUGAUUAUAAAUAUAAA